AUUCCACUUCCCACUUCCCACUUCCCCAGUUGUAUCCCAUCCAGCAUGAGCAUGCCGCAGACCCCGGCCCUGAAGGCGGGGCACUUCCAGACCCACGAGAUCCCCGCAUCCUCCACCAUCGUCAUCCGCGACGUCCUCUACGGCGACCACACCAUCAUCGAGCCAGUGCUAGUCGAGCUGCUCCAAUCCCCCGACCUGCAGCGACUGAUCGGAAUCGGCCAGCACGGGGUAACCGGACACCUCGGCCUCCUCCCCCGGGACGUCAAAAUCACGCGAUUCGAGCACUCGGUCGGAGCAUUCCUCCUCGUGCGCAUCGUGGGCGCCAGCAUCGAGGAACAAGUCACCGCGCUGCUGCACGACAUCAGCCAUACGGUGCUCAGCCAUGUAGUCGACUGGGCACUCUCCCAGCCCGGAGAAGACAGCUACCACGAAGUGCACAAAGCGCGAUACCUCGCGACCACUUCGAUCGCAGCCAUCCUCACCAAACACAGCAUCUCGCACACCGUCCUGGACGAGGAGCAGUACCCACUCGUCGAGAAGCCCGCGCCGCAUCUCUGCGCCGACCGACUGGACUACUCCCUCCGCGACGCGGUCGCGCUCGGCCUCAUGUCGCAGGACGAUGCGCACCGCGUCGUGGCGUCGCUGAAGGCGUUUCCCGACCCGUCGUCGCCGCGUCGUCUGCUCGUGCUGGAUGAUCCCGCGCUGGCGCUGGUGCUGGCGCAGGCGUACCAGGCGACGGACCGCGAUGUGUGGUCCAAUCCGGCGCAUGUGGAUAUGUACAAGAGGACGGGACAGUUGAUUGGGGAUCUUGUCCGCGGGGGACGGAUCAGCGAGGAUGCGCUGUGGUCCAUGUCCGACGAGGAGUUCUGGGAGCUCCUCAAGGAUGUUGCGGACCCGGAGGGCGCGGAGACGCUCCAGCGGUUCGAGACGGAUGGGCUGCUGCAGGAGCAUGGUCUACGUCUGCAUAAAGGUGCCAAAGUGCGGACCAUCGACCCUGAUGUCUCUGUGUCUGGGGGUGAGCCUGCAGCGCUGUCGGUGGUCGAUCCGGGCUGGGGCGUGGAGCGACAGGACUACAUUCGCGCGCGGGAGGCUACGAGGGAGGCCUACACCCAGACCGACCUGCAGGGCGUCCUGCCCCUCAUCGCCCGUGGCAAGGUGCGCGACCUGUACGAGAUCGACGACAAAACCCUCCUGUUCGUCGCGACUGAUCGCAUCUCCGCCUAUGAUGUGAUUAUGGAGAAUGGCAUCCCCAACAAAGGCAUCCUCCUCACGCUAUGCACGGAGAAAUGGUUCUCGAUCCUCACGGCCGCGCUCCCCAGCCUGCGCACGCAUUUCCUGACCCUCGACCUGCCGGCGCAAAUCCCCGCGUCUCUGCGGCCCGUCCUGCAGAACCGCAGCAUGCAGGUGCGGAAGCUGACCAUCCUGCCCAUCGAGGCGAUCGUGCGCGGCUAUAUCACGGGCUCGGCGUGGAAGGAGUACCAGACCUCGGGUACGGUGCACGGCAUCCCCGUCGAGAAGGGCUUGCAGGAGAGUCAAGCGUUCCCCGGCGGGCCCAUCUAUACCCCCAGUACGAAGGCGGAGUUGGGCGAGCAUGAUGAGAAUAUUCAUCCCGAUAAGGCCAUCGAAAUCAUCGGCCCCAAACACGCGGCGACCAUCGCGGCGCUCUCUCUCCAGCUCUACAAGACGGCGCACGAGUACGCGCUGACCCGGGGUGUGAUCAUCGCGGACACCAAGUUCGAGUUCGGGGUGGACGAGACGACGGGCGAGGUGGUCCUAGCGGACGAGGUGCUGACGCCGGACUCGUCGCGGUUCUGGCCGAAGGACUCGUACGCCGUGGGACGCGGACAGGCCAGCUUCGACAAGCAGUUUCUGCGCGAUUGGCUGGUGCAGGAGGGGCUCAAGGGGAAGGAGGGCGUGCGGAUGAGUGAGGAGAUUGCGCUCAAGACGAGCGAGAAGUAUAAGGAGGCGUGGGAGAGGAUUACGGGGGGAAAUAACUAGGAUGGACUAGGAUGGACUAGGACUAGGAUGGACUGGGUUGUGUAUACUCAUACGUGUGACACAAGUACCUAUCUCUAUCUGCGUAUUUAUCUAUUUCUCCAAGUCCGUUAUAGUAAAAAAGAAUACCAACAAACCCCGAAUAUACAAAC